AGGCUUCCGGGGCGAGGAAACCUCCGGAGCAUAGAGUUCAGUUCCUAGCUGGGCCUCCCAUUCGCCACUUCCGCCCGCUCGCCUAAAACCGCGCUUGCGCAGUGAGUCUCUUCCUCUCUGGGCUCGGGCCUAGUUUGCGGCAACAUGGCUAAACGCACCAAGAAGGUCGGAAUUGUCGGUAAAUACGGGACCCGUUAUGGUGCCUCCCUCAGGAAAAUGGUGAAGAAGAUUGAAAUAAGCCAGCACGCCAAGUACACUUGCUCCUUCUGUGGCAAGACCAAGAUGAAAAGACGAGCUGUGGGGAUCUGGCAUUGUGGUUCCUGCAUGAAAACGGUAGCGGGUGGUGCCUGGACCUACAACACCACUUCUGCUGUCACAGUAAAGUCGGCCAUCAGAAGACUGAAGGAGUUGAAAGACCAGUAGAAGCUUCACCAUUUGAAACAUUGCUAGCCUAUAAUAAAUGGGUUAAUUUAUAUAACAAAA